GAGAGCGGCAAAUUGAAAAACCACAACAUUGGCCAACUCGUCCUUAGCUCGCCCUCAAAGAAAAGUGGGCUUUCUCGGCGGGGAAAAUCAACUGUACCCUCAUUCAUGUUAGAGUCGCCCUCUCAAAAAUUUAAUCGCUCGAUUUACCCACCAAGAAGUAAAAAAUCAACCUUAAGAAAUGCGGCUGGAGAGACUGAUCUCUUUGAAAAAAGAAAUCCGACUGGUGUCACCAUGUCACCGACUCUUUUCCAGCGCCAACUGCACAACCCCUCAAACCGAUAGAAUCCAACCCGUCCAGAUGUCCUACUCGUCUUACGAAUCGACGAAAGUGCCCUCAACCUGCCCUCUUGUCAUCAUGCACGGCCUUCUGGGCUCAAAGUCUAACUGGCGGUCACUGUCCAAAAGUCUGCACGCCAAAACAGGCCGGAAGGUGGUGGCCGUAGACGCCAGGAACCACGGGGACAGUCCGCACGACGAGAACCUUAGCUACAAUCACAUGGCGGAGGACGUCCGAGCGCUGCUCACUCUGCUUAAAAUUGAUCAGUCCAUCCUGCUGGGUCACAGCAUGGGUGGAAGGGCAAUGAUGCUGACAGCUCUGCUUUAUCCCGAGUUGGUUCGAGGACUUAUUGUAGUCGAUAUUUCUCCAAUUGGAACUAGCAAAAGUAUACAUUUGAUUGGUGCUUUUUUAGAAGCAAUGCGAAAAGUCGAUCUGCCCCCAAAAGUGCCACUCCUCACAGCUAAGAAGCUUGCAGACAACCAAUUGAGUAAGGUUGUGCAUGAUAUUGGAAUACGCCAGUUCUUGCUGACCAACCUAGUCGAAACAGGGGAAGGUGGUUGUAAGUGGAGGGUCAAUCUUGACGUUCUGCAGAGGUGCUUCGCCAAGCAAGUAGCAGAUUUCCCUCCAGUUGCCAAGGUGUACGAAGGACCGACCCUAUUUAUUGCAGGUGCUUUAUCCGACUACAUCAAAGAAUCAGAAACUGAGUCAAUCAAACGAAUUUUCCCAAAUGCUGAGUUUGAGCGAGUCCAAGGUGCUGGCCACUGGGUCCACUCGGACCAGCCGUCGGAAUUUGUACGGAUCGUGUCCACUUUUCUCAACAAACAAACCUAGACUGUGAUUGUUAAUCUUUUAACCUGUUAUGUUCUUAACCAGUGAUUAUUCAAUCUGUUGUUAAAGUUAAUAAUUAAAAAAUGACACUGUUCUUCAAGGCAA